AAGUGCAUGGCCAUGCGUCGCCCUGUGAAACAGGGCGUACGUAGUAUAUACUGCCGCUGCAGAGCGUGGGGGUAUACGGUGAAGCAAUGUGACACAUUUUAUAACUACACGCGUCCCACGAAGGCAGGGAGAGGCCCACGACCGCGUCGUACGCGAGCACUCGACGGUUGCGAACUCCCGCCAAACUUUUCUCUGUUGACAACAAAUUCUGAAUAGCUAAAGUUACAGUUACAGCACGCGCGCGCAGGUGUAGGCGGAAGUCGAGAAAAGCGUUAAUCCGAUAAAUCGUUAGCACUUACACUUCGAAUAACGCGAAGACUUUAAAGAGUUCUCGCCUAUUGUGCACUAUUUCCGGCAAAAGCCUUUGUGCGACGCUUUGGAGUAUUGUCCUUCAAUUACGACUAGCUGGCGCUAAAGCCAUAGAUUCGCCGGCGGGAAAAGUGCAGCGAUCAGUUCCAGUGCAGCGAUCAGUUCCAGUACCUUUAUGCAAGAGUAUGGACGGUAAUGCCCCAGACACCGAGAUAUCAGUCGUCAGUGCAAACUCAGAGCAAGAGUUGAAAACUACAGCCGAAGAAACUCCAGCGGGUAAAGCAGGAAAUGGUGUGUACAAAACUGGAAGAAAAGUGGAAAGAAACAGUUGUUUCAGCUGCGUGCUCAGGAAGUCACACGCCGUGUAUGCACUGGUGAUAGCCUUUAUUUGGCUUAUACACACCGUACCGGUCAUUCUGUUCUUCUCGAUCAAUGCAACAUUCUCUCCGCAACAUUUAGCAGUAAACAGCACUAAAACAGUGACUGAAUGUUCGCAAGAUUUCUUCCUGGACAACAGCUCUGGUCUGUGUAGACCAGAGUGUGGGGAGUGGGAUCAGUACUCACCAGCCACUCGCAGAGCUGUCUAUGGUGUCAACAUCACCUUUGCCCUUUUGACCAUCAUUGUAUGCGUGGUGGCAAUUGUGUGGUCCAUAUUUCGACAUAAAAUCAUGUUGAGCUACCCUAAUGUCAUCCUGAUCUACAUCAGUCUUAGUCAUAUUCUUCUGAUGUUUCUUCACCUGGUGGGGUACACUGAUGAGAAGGCUCUCUACUGCACAUCUAGAGAUCGUGUGACGAGCUUUGAAGAGGGCACUGCAUACUGCAGCAUAAUAGGUUCUGCUACCACAUUCGUCCCCACAUUCGAGCUCACCGGGUUGUGCUUCCACCUGGGAACUGUUCUCUUCACCGCAUAUUUCCCGUUUCAGGCCAGGAGGUUUGAAAAGAAAGGCGGCUACAAGUACCUUCAUCUCGUGGCGGUCUUGUGCGGGUUUGGGUUCUCUGGAUUUCUUGUCGGGAUUCAGUUUGCGGUGGGAGGAUACAAUCGCAACAUCGUGCCAAUUUUCUGUGUGGCUGCCCCGGAGAGUGCCUUCGUCUUUGGAAUCAUUCCAGUCUGCAUCAUCUCCGCCGCGUUUCUCACUGUUGUGAUAAUACUUCUUUGCAAGAUUGUUAACAUUGAUGGGUGGAGACUCAAAUUGUCUCAGAGUGAGGGGGAAAAACAAACCAACAGUUCAUCCAGUCGCUACACAUCGGCCCAGAUAAGACUCGUGCUCAUUUUCUGUACUCAUGGACUGGCAACCCUCAUCAUAUACUCGGCAUACAGCGUUGUUCUGAGGCACGAGCAGCCAUACUCGCAAGCACUCGAGGAAUACUUUGACUGCGAAAGUUUCGGGAAUCACACUCAUCAGAUGUGCUCUCGAGAAACUUUCGAAAAACUGGAUCCAACUUCGGUUACAUUUCCCCUCGUGAUCAGCUCAUAUGCUUUUCUACCAGUGUCAACCCUCGUAUACGUUGCCAAUGUUGACAAACUAUCCAAUGUCAUGAGAAAGGCCAAGUUUCAAUUCCUGACGAAGUGUCUGUGGUGAUGAACUGGCCACUAUACCGAUUGAACAUUGUUAUCACAUAUUAUUCAGCAAGA